CAGACCGAGGCAGCGAGGCGGGGGUGCGAGAGCCUCCGCGGCUGCGCGGGCGCGUGCUGGUGGCCUCAGCGGCGGCUCAGUCCCGGCCGGCGCCUGCGGCACCCCCGCUGCGGCCCGAGCGGCCUGGCUGCGGGAUCGGUGCGCAGCGAUGGCGCGGCCGCCCCGGCAGCACCCGGGGGUCUGGGCGCCGCUGCUCCUGCUGCUACUGACGGGGCCCGCCGGCUGCGCCGCCAGCCCAGCGGACGACGGUGCGGGGCCGGGGGGCCGGGGACCCCGGGGCCGCGCGCGGGGGGACGCGGGCGCCGACGAGGCGGUGCCGCGCCACGACUCCUCCUAUGGCACCUUCGCGGGGGAGUUCUACGACCUGCGCUACCUGUCGGAGGAGGGUUACCCCUUCCCUACUGCUCCUCCUGUGGAUCCAUUUGCCAAAAUCAAAGUGGACGACUGUGGAAAAACUAAGGGAUGCUUUAGAUAUGGCAAACCAGGCUGUAAUGCAGAGACCUGUGACUACUUCCUCAGCUACCGGAUGAUAGGGGCUGAUGUAGAAUUUGAGCUGAGUGCAGACACAGAUGGUUGGGUAGCAGUUGGAUUCUCUUCAGACAAGAAAAUGGGUGGUGAUGAUGUCAUGGCCUGCGUCCAUGAUGACAAUGGCAGGGUCCGCAUACAGCACUUCUAUAAUGUAGGCCAGUGGGCGAAGGAGAUUCAGAGAAACCCUGCCAGAGAUGAAGAAGGAGUUUUUGAGAAUAAUCGCGUCACCUGCAGAUUUAAACGCCCUGUGAAUGUUCCCAGAGAUGAAACAAUUGUUGAUCUGCAUUUGAGUUGGUAUUAUCUGUUUGCUUGGGGUCCAGCCAUUCAGGGCUCUAUCACUCGACAUGAUAUAGACUCACCGCCAGCUUCAGAGCGUGUUGUCAGUAUUUACAAGUAUGAAGACAUUUUUAUGCCAUCAGCUGCCUAUCAAACCUUCUCAUCUCCAUUUUGUUUGCUUCUGAUAGUUGCUCUGACAUUCUACCUAUUGAUGGGAACCCCCUAACCACAGCUACAGGGCCAACAGAUUAUAUGGAUUGGGAAGUCUUUAGUAUAAAUAUAUUUUUAAAGAAUAUCCAGUAUUAUUUUAGCUUCGAUUAUUUGACAG